GUAACAAAGGAACAACAUCGAAUGCAGAAUCAAAGCUCGUGAUUGGAGAUUUUGAUUUCAAAGAAGAAGAAAAUGAGCCAGAGACGGAACCUCCAUAGAACUUCAUGAACAGCAGUUUCACAUUACCAAUGGAAGCUCAAAGAAGUGUCCUACCAAUCUUCUUGCUUGCUUUAAUCUUGUUCUUGAUCCAGUGCGGGCUAGCUCAGAAAGUUUCGAUAAGUUCUCCCAUCGAACGGCGGGCAUUGCUCGAUCUCCGGUCGUCAUUAGGUCUCCGAGCCAGAGAAUGGCCCCUCAAGGCCGACCCUUGCACAUCGUGGCUCGGCGUCCAUUGCCAAAACGGCACCGUCUUGAACAUCACUGUUUCCGGUUUAAGAAGAACCCGACUUGGACGACUCAAUCCCCAGUUCCAUGUAGAUUCUUUGGUUAAUUUGACCCGGUUAGUUUCCUUCAAUGCUUCUGGGUUACCGCUUCCGGGGUCAAUACCGGAUUGGUUCGGAAACCAGUUGGUUACUCUCGAGGUUCUUGAUCUCCGGACAUGCAAUGUCUCUGGUUCAAUCCCGGGUUCACUCGGUAACUUGAGUCGACUCACUUCUUUGUAUCUUUCUAAUAAUGAUCUUGCUGGUUCAAUUCCUGCUGCAUUGGGACAGUUAAGGAAUUUAAAAAUUCUUGAUCUUUCGAAUAAUUCGCUUACUGGUUCAAUUCCUCCUAGUUUUGGCUUUCUUAUUGAAAGGCUUGAACUUGCUUCAAAUUACUUAUCUGGGUCAAUUCCACCUGGUUUAAGUUCUUUACAAGGUCUUCAAGUGUUGAAUGUCUCGGAUAAUAAUCUUUCUGGAUCAAUUCCUGUUCAGUUUGGUAAUCUUUCAAGGUUGGUUGAGCUUGAUCUUAGUAAGAAUUCUUUUUACGGGUCGUUGCCUAAGGAAUUUAAGAGGUUGAGAAGCUUACAAAAGAUGGUGAUUGGGGACAACGAGUUAGAAGGACAUUUGCCAGAUGAUUUGUUUUCUAGUCUUGUUAAUUUGCAAGUCGUGGAUUUGAAUGGGAAUAAACUUGAUGGUGCUCUUAGUGCUACAUUUUGGUCAAUGCCUAAUUUGCGGUUCCUUGAUGUAUCGGGUAAUAAUUUUAUGGGCCGUCUACAGGUUCUUAAUUCUAAUAGUAGUGAUGCUACAGCUGCCGUGUUCAAUCUGUCAAACAAUUUAUUAUAUGGAACUUUGAAUUUUUCACUUGCUAUGUUCAAAUUUAUUGAUCUAUCUGGUAACUAUUUUCAAGGCAAGGUAGUUGACUACAGGGAAAGAAAUGCUACUGUUGACAAGAAUUGCCUUCAGGAUAGGUUGAAGCAGAGGACUCUGGAUGAUUGUACACUGUUUUAUACAGAAAGAGGGCUAAGUUUUGAUAAUUUUGGAGAACCAGACACAAUACAGCCGCUACCUCCAUCAGAAUCUGGUUCAGAGAGCCGGAAAAGAUGGAUAUUUAUCCUGGCAGGACUAUUUGGUGGACUUGGCUUCAUUGUAAUUUUGGUACUGUUGCUAGUGCUGUUCUUGAGACGGUGUGAUAAGGGCAUUACAAAUCAAAGAGGGAGUGCAGAUGUAGGGCCAGUUCCAGAAGCAGAUGGUCCUCAGCUUCCAAAAGAUCCUACUAACAUAGUUGGUUCUGGGGAUCCAUAUACAUACGAGCAGUUGCUCCAAGCAACUGGUAAUUUUAGUGAGACGAAUCUUAUUAAACAUGGCCACUCAGGGGACCUUUUCCGUGGUAUCUUGGAAGGUGGGAUUCCUGUGGUCAUCAAAAAGGUCAAUUUGACUUCUUUCAAGAAAGAAUCAUACAUGAUGGAAUUGGAUUUACUCAGAAAGCUUUCUCAUACGAGAUUUGUCCCUCUCUUGGGGUACUGCUUGGAGCAUGAGACUGACAAGCUUUUGGUCUACAAAUAUAUGCCAAAUGGAGAUUUGGCGAAUUCCUUUUACAGGGCAACCAACUCAGAGGAUGAUAGUUUACAGUCCCUGGAUUGGAUUACGAGGUUGAAAGUAGCUACAGGAGCUGCUGAAGGUCUAUAUUACUUGCACCAUGAGUGUAACCCUCCCCUUAUUCACAGGGAUAUUCAAGCAAGCAGUAUCCUUCUUGAUGAUAAAUUUGAAGUGAGACUUGGAAGCUUGAGUGAAGUUCAUAGCCAGGAAGGGGAUACACACCAAAAUAUGCUCACAAGGUUGCUGUGGAAGCCGCAGACCUCUGAGCCAGGCCCUUCAGGUUCAGGCUCUUCUUCGACUAGUUGUGCUUACGACGUGUACUGUUUUGGGAAAGUAUUACUUGAGCUUAUAACAGGCAAGCUUGGCUUUGCUAAAGCAGAAGAUGCAUCUACAAAGGAGUGGCUUGAGCAUAUCUUGCCUUGCAUCAGUAUAUAUGAAAAGGAAAUGGUGACAAAGAUCAUGGAUCCAUCCUUGAUAGUAGAUGAGGAUCUAUUGGAAGAGGUGUGGGCAAUGGCAAUUGUGGCUAGGUCAUGUCUUAACCCGAAGCCUUCCAAACGACCCUCAAUGAAACAUAUUCUUAAAGCAUUGGAAAACCCUUUGAAAGUCGUAAGGGAGGAGAGUUUUAGUUCCGCAAGGCUAAGAACAACUUCAUCUAGGAGAUCUUGGAGUGCUGCCUUCUUUGGUAGUUGGCGACAGAGCUCAUCGGAGAGUGCCACCAUUGCAGGCCACCCAAACAGAGAGGGCUUCAGUGGUUUUAGGCAGUCAGGUAGAGUAGGUUCUCAUGGCAGUGGGGGAAUUGAACACUCAUCUUCAAACAAAAGGUUGUCAAAUGAAAUUUUUCCUGAACCAGUGGAAAUGCAAGACUUGGAGAGGUCAGAUGAGAACUAGCCGAAACAAAGUUCUCUAUUAAUGAUUUUUAGGGGGCUUCUGUUUAAGUGCUUGCUGAACCAUUGAAUCCCAACUGUAUUUAGUUGUGCACCCAUUGGGUUCUAAAGCCAUUUUGCAAGGAUAUCUGGCAACUGAACCAACUUAAUUGAAGGCAAAUUGGUUGAACUGAUGCAUCUCUAGGCCUAACGAGAAUGGCCAAAAGUCAGCCAUGAAGAAGAGGCGGCAGACCAACCAUGUCCGGCAAGAUUAUUUCACAUUUCAGAGCUUGUUUGCAGUCUUAUUGUUAAAACAAGCAGCAAUUUUCCAUUGUAAUUGGCACUCUCACAUAUCUUAACAUGUAGUGUAAUGUAAAAUUGUAAAAGAUUAGGACUCCUUGCAGCAUUGUUAAGUUUCCAUCUUGUUAGUAGCAAUCAAGGAACACAUUAACUGUGCCUCGAAACUUUUUUUUUCGAUUGAGAAUUCUAAUCUGGUUAUAGAAAUAUUUGACAUCCCAGAAAAUUCU